AUGAACAGGGACAAGUGGAAACCGAACGACAGCCGAAUAUGCUCGGCCCAUUUCAUACAAGGAGCUCCUUCAGACGACCCAGUGCACCCAGAUUAUGCCCCGUCACGGUUUCUCUAUCGAAAGGCACCCACCAGCCAAAAUGUGCAAAGGUACAACCGUCAACAGGCAAGGUCCACAAAAAGAGGGGCGGCCGAGCCAAAGGAUGUUUCGUCUGACCAGGCUCCCACUGACCCAGAAAACAUCGAAGCAGUGGUGUGUUGUGAGUCUAGCACCAGAUGUGAUGUGUCGGUGGCCACCACACUUUCAAGCAAGGACAUUGAACAUCUGAAAGCAGAAAACGCCAGCCUGAAGAGUACCCUUGCUGAAACGCAGCAUCAGUUACACGAAACCAGCAAGCUGCUCAAGGAGUACAAGGCUACAAACCUGAAUUUGAUUGCUGGCAUCAACAAAGAUUCUGCAACGCAGGCAGCGUUGCACUCAGACAUUAGAGUUAAAUUUUACACAGGCAUUGUGAGCUUACAUCUGUUCAAUGCACUCCUGACGUUCAUUUUGAGUGUGUGGCAGCCCGACGUCACUUGUCUUCUGCCACAGGAGCAGCUUGUGCUGGUGCUGAUGAAGUUGAGGCUGGGUUUGUUGAAUGAAGACCUCGCAUGCAGGUUCAAGGUGUCUGUAACGACAGUUGGCGCAGUAUUCCACGCCUGGCUAGACAUACUUUCACAUAACCUCGGGAAGUUGAUUGUAUGGCCCUCAAGACGGGCUGUCAGCCGCAACCUGCCAACUGCGUUUGGUGAUCCCAUCUUCAAGAAUGUGAUUGGUGCUUAUUACUGUGUCACCAAGUGGAGCCGUUACUUUCAUCUCGGGGGCAUGGGGGGACGGGUUUCCGAUAAGGAACUGACGUUGAAGUCUGGACUCUUGAACCUUGUGAAUGAAGGGGAUGUGUACCUCGUGGACAGGGGAUUUCGAUGCCAAGAGAUGUUUGCUGCAAAAGGUGCCAGGCUGUUAAUACCAGCGUUCACUAAAGGGAAAAAUCAGCUUUCGGGUGCGGAGAAGCGUGAUGAUGGCGAGAUUUACACAAUUGACAAAGCGUUGAUUGUUUGCGCUGCCCUGACAAAUCUGCAGCCCCCUCUGCUUAAGAAAUAG